CGUAAUACCGUUUUUCCCGACAGCACUGAAAGGCAGCAACAGGAAGUAGUGCUGCUGAAGUCGUUCACGCGCGCUGCUGAUCUGCGGUCAGUGUGUGACUGAACUCCGCGGGAGAGGGUCACGACAGUGGGUGCGGACAAACCGAUUCCGGGCCAGCACUGAAAGAACGUAUCGUACCGGAAGUCGAAGUCGCUCCUGCGACGAGCAUAAAACUCGUAGUAGACACUAGUUAGUUAGUUAGUUAGUUGACGUACAGUAAGUAGAGUUAUUGCACAUAAACAACGACACCUGACUACACUGUCGUCCCGCCAGUUCGCCAGCCUGUAGUGAUGGACAAGCUUCGUCGCGUGCUGAGCGGCCAGGAGGAGAACGAGGAGCUGGGGCUCACUCAGGUCCUCGAUGCCUCCACGCUCAGCUACAGCACCAGGGUCAAGUGGUUCGUCAUAUGCUUCGCCGGAGGCAUCCUGUGCUCCAUACUCGGGUCAGCAUUGUUGUUCCUUCCAAAUGGAAUCAAGCUGUUCGCUGUCUUCUACACACUAGGGAACAUCGCAGCUCUUUCCAGCACCUGCUUCCUGAUGGGACCACUGAAACAGCUGAGGCGCAUGUUUGAACCAACAAGACUGAUAGCCACCAUUGUUAUGCUGCUCUGCCUUGUCUUAACACUUUGUGCAGUGUUUUGGUGGCACAAAAAGGGGCUGGCCAUUAUCUUCUGUAUCCUACAGUUUUUGGCAAUGACAUGGUAUAGCAUCUCUUACAUUCCAUUUGCCAGGGACGCUGUGAUGAAAUGCUUCACAACCUGUCUGAGUUAGGACUCUGGAGUCCACAAUUUCAUUGGAAGACUGGUCCCAAUAUGCAAACUGCAAGAACAGUGGCUUUGUAAAAUAUACAUCUACCUUGUUUAUACUGUAUUUCUCCAAAUUUUUACUGUGGCUGUUUCGUACUGUGAAUUUUUGCUUUUUGACCAUUAAUAACAUGACUAAUCAGUCUUCUGCUUCUGAUGUGACAGAAAAUAUUGCCUUUGAUGCUUAAUAUAUUUAAAGAUAUUUCUAUAAGGAUUUUAUACCAAUUACAUGCCGGGAAAUGAUUUAGAUUUUUGCUAUACAUUGUAUACCACAAUUGCCUUACCAUGGUGAGAACACACUUGUAUGAAAAAAAUGUGUUGACUUAUUGACCAACCGUACAUAUUCACAUCUUAAUCAUUUUUAAAGGCUGUUUUAACUUCUUACACAUAAACAUCAGAUUUAUGUCUGUGUAUGAGCCACUGAUGUUAAGAGGCUCUCACAAGCAUGUUUAUAUAUGAUUAUUUUCCCAGAGGCACGGCUUCUCUGAUGAUGCACUGGGAUAUGUGAUAGCUCACAGCCAUUUUAAGGUUGAUGGGGGUUUUUUUUUUUGCAGCUGAAGAGCUAAAAAAAGAAAAGAAAAAAAAAAGCUGCUUCUGUCUAGUCUGAUAUUCUUCAAUGUGCAUUUUAAGACAUCUGCCCCCUCCACUCCAGCCCCCGCUCAACAAAUUGCAUUAAAAUUGUUUCUCAUUUUUAAAUUUGAUUUACUGCCAGAUGUAGCCAUGACCCAGUUAAUUACGCUUUUCUGAGCAUUGUGAUCUUGACGUGACCUAAUAACCCAGUAUGGCUCGCACAGGGUUCCCCGCAUUGCUUCGGCAUCAUGGCGUAGCCUUUGAGGAUGUGGUUGUCAUGACAACCUCCUCCGGAAGAUUCGUAACCUUUGUCUACCCCCACGUAUGCUGUGCAGAUGUUCACAUUAUGAGAAGGUAUGUUUCAUUUUGUAAAUAUAUCACCAUGUUUUUGGUUUAAACUGGGGAAUAAAAAGAACUAAACCAUUUUA